GGGGCGAAAAAAAAAGAGAGGAUCCAAUCCUAGUUUCCUUUCGAUUGCAUCGGCAGGGAAGGAAGGAACCCCUAACCCUAGCCUCCUCUCUCAAAGCGAGGAUUUUUUUUUUGUGGGGUGAUUGGAUUGGAGCAGAUGUCGUCGGAUCCUCGGAACCCUAAUCCUCCUCCUCCUCCACCUCCCGGUUCUUCGUCAUCCGCGCUUCCGGCGGGGGGCAGCUAUUUCCCGCUCCCUUUCCACCUGCAGCAGCAGCAGCCGGUGGCGACCUACCAGUACCAGCAGCUGCAGCAAGCUCAGCAGCUCUUCCAGCGGGACGCGCAGACCAUCACCCCCGAGGCGCUCGAGAGCGUCAAGGCCGCCCUCGCCACCAGCGACGUCCUCGACCCCUCUGCUGCCAGGGCCUCCGCCUCCUCCUCCGACGCUGCCGCCAAGAAGAAGACAAUACCUCGUCGUGCAGCCGGACAGUCCUGGGAGGAUCCUACCCUCACCGAGUGGCCCGAAAAUGACUACAGGUUGUUUUGUGGAGAUCUAGGUAACGAAGUUAAUGACGAUGUUCUCUCAAAAGCCUUUUCGCGGUUCCCCUCCUUCAAUAUGGCAAAGGUUGUUAGAGAUAAGAGGACUGGCAAAACAAAAGGUUAUGGAUUCGUCAGUUUUUCAAACCCUACAGACCUUGCUGCAGCAAUAAAAGAAAUGAAUGGAAAGUAUGUUGGGAAUCGCCCUAUUAAAUUGCGUAAGAGCAAUUGGAAGGAGAGGACAGAUGUCGAGGCUCUACAAAGACAAAAGAAUCAUAUUCAGAAGAAACCUAAAACACAAAAGAAGGGUAUUCUUCACAAGUAAAGCUCUAUUGGGUUGUACCGGGCUGAGCCCUGUAGAACAAGACUUGCUCCUUUGGAUAAAGGACAUCUGAAAAGUACAGAGGCUGGGCACCGGUCAAUGCGUGCAAGGAUGAUACUAUACCUAUUGAAUUGUAACGCUUACUAAGCAAUGUUCCAUCUGGGUGACAGGCAUAUUUUUACAUUUGCAAGAGUUACAACUAGUAUUUAUAAUCAGCUUGUUCCGUUGUAACGAUGUCAUUGUAUUGCAACAUAGAGGUUAGGCACUGUUCCUUUUUUGGAAGAAUUUUCAGACCUGUAAAUUCGAACCUUUGAUCAACCAAGCAAAUGUGGAAUAUAAGAUUAUACUCCCUCUGACCCAUAAUAUGAGAUACCUUUUGACACUACACUGGUGUUAAAAAACGUCUUACAUUAUGUGACGGAGGGAGUAUCUGAUGCUGAUAGUGGCAGUCUUGGUA